AUGUCCCCUCUCCGACUCGCCGUUCUCGAAGCCGACACCCCGGUCCCUCGUACGUUCGCUCGCCAUGGUGGCUACGCCGGUGUCUUCUCGUACCUCUUUGAGCGCGCCGUCGCCCCUGAACCUCUGUCCUCACUCCUGACCAUCACUGCCCAUGACGUCGUCUCUGGCGGCGCCGAGGCCUAUCCAGACCCAGACACCGUCGACGCCAUUCUGAUCUCUGGGUCAAAGCACAAUGCCUUUGAUAAUGAUGAGUGGAUUGUCCGGUUGGUGGACUACGUGCGUGACGUGGUGCAGAAUCAACCAAGGAUAAAGGUAAUUGGCAUUUGUUUCGGGCAUCAAAUUGUCGGUAGGGCCUUAGGGGCGAAGGUCGGGAGGAGUGACAAGGGAUGGGAGAUUAGCGUGACCGAAACCGAGUUGACAGAGAAAGGGAAGGAGAUAUUCGGCGGGAAAAAGACGCUGAGCCUGCAGCAAAUGCAUCGAGACCAGGUCUUUACUGUUCCCGAUGGUGCCGAGUUGCUGGCAUCCACCGAUAGGUGUAUGAACCAAGGCUUUCUCAUCCCCCACCGCGUCAUUACAGUCCAGGGGCACCCCGAAUUUACCGCUGAGAUCAUGGACGAGCUUCUCGAACUAAGACACGAGUCCGGCUUGUUCACCGAUGAAAUGUUCGAAGAAGCCCGCGCCCGGAACGGCGACCAUCACGACGGCGUCUUUGCAGCCCAGGCCCUUCUCAAAUUUUUGCAGGACAGAUGA